GGGGGAACCAUCAUAUACAGUUCCAUUGCCAGCGAUGGAGCAUGUGGCAUUGCUGCUGUGCAUUUCAGUCCUGCAAGUUCUGACGGCUGCAAAAGUUAUUGUGGCGCUUGGCCGGUACGCCCCUCGAGCAUUGAAAAAAAACAACGACUUGCACAAGUGCUUGGCAAUGGAUAGCCGGCUGGUUGAGGAACAGCGGGAGCAACCAAAAAGUCAUCCAAAAAUUUCAUGAAAUGCAGUGCCGCAUGCUGGUCAAGACUUUGCAAGUGAUAAUGGCUAUGGCUUGUGCACGUUUCGUGUUUGCACAGACACAUCUGGUGGCCGGGGAGCAACCUCCAGUACCAACUCUGGAUAUUGCUCUUAUCGUGGUCGACGCUAUUGCUCUUAUCCUGACACAAUUUGAGGGGCUCAUUACACCUCGAUGCCUUGACCUCUGGUACAUUCUUCUUCAGGGCUUAAUGAUCAGCCCAUUUUUUUUCGUGCUUCCUCGAGAUGUGAUAACGCUAUCGAAUUGGACAUUUGUUUUGAGAGUGAUGCUGGCCUUGUCGGCCAGACAUGUAUUUCUUGCGGUUUUGGGAAACGCAACAGCGUCAAUUCUGGUGAUGCGCUUAAUCGGUUUCGACUCCAGGAGUGCUCUUUUCACAGGUGAAAUUACGAAGCUGACUUUUCUACUGCUAUUUGUAUUCUCCAUCCGCCAGCUCAUUUUCCGAGAUGCCAAAGCGACAGUGGAAUUGAAAAGUAGAAGCAUUGAACUUGAAGCUGUUUCAUGCCUGCUACGUGGUUUUUGUGAUGCUGUCGUGGAAGUUGACGAACAGCUCCGAAUUGUUGAGAAUUCACAACAGCUUUUGACAAUGCUCCUCAGAUCGAGCCACAGCACGGACUUGGCAGGGCGGAACUUCCUGAGCCUCUUUUGCUCAGAUGACAAACCCAAGGUGAGCGACUGCCUUACCAGUGUCAGCACCAGUCACACGCAUGCGCUCAAUGCGCGUAUUUUGGAUGGUGAUGGGAACAGCGUGAAGGUAGAGCUCUUGCACAUACGAUUCCUAACUGCAGAAGACUGCGUUCACAGACUGGUUGGUGUCCGCGAGUUUCAAGACGUACAAGAUGUGGUUGGUGCUUUUGGCGCUUGUGAGCUUCAAGAGAAUUUGCGUGGGACUUCUGAUUCAGUUCCAGCCUAUGCUGCGAACGUUGAAUCGGCAGAAUUGCACGCAAGAGACGCAAGAGAAACAUGCAGGGAGACAAGAUCAACGACAGAGACUUCGACAUCAGACGAUCCUAUGAUUCUGUUCGACCUGGGAUCUUUCACUAUCUUGCAAGCAAACAAACCAGCCCGCCAGUUUUGUGGAAAGUGUGCUGGUGCUCCUGUAAAGUUUUCCAAGAUGAGUAUUUCGGACCUGUCUGCAGACCUGAGCUUUGCGCGCUUGUCCAAUCAGAUUCAAGAUCGGGUGAAUGCAAAUCCCGAAGCAGCAGUGCAUGAGUUGGACCUUGGUGCCAUAUUGCUUUUGAACAGGAUGCAGGCUAAGGCAAGAAUCCGCGCCGAGUAUGAUCCUUUGCUGGAUGCCUUUGUGGGGACUCUAUUCAUAACUCCAGUACCUCUUCCAGAACUUACCAAGGCCAACAUUGACCGUUUGGGCCAUGGGAGUCCUGGCAAGAAGCAUCAGCGGCGCCGUCGAAGUUGGAGCAGUAGCAGUGGAAGCAGCAGUGGCAGCAUUUUGAACUUGCAUAGAGCUAUUGCAUUGUAGUAGUUUGUCCGACAAGUACAAACAUGUACUUCAGAGCUUUGUUGCAAUUCGACCUUGUGCAUGGCCAGAG